GAGAGAGAGAGAGAGAGAGAGAAGCAGGCAGGCGGGCAGACACCGACCACAGCAGCGGCAGCAUGACCAGAAACCGUCACAGCGACCAGACCUCACCACUUUGACGCUCCCGUGGAAGCGACAAGACGCCACGGUGUCCCAGGCUGACCCGCACAUUUAAACAACCGAAGAGGACCACCCAAAACAAGCAAGUGUGCGCCUCUGUGCCUCAACUCUCUGAUACAGUAGAUAUGGUGGACACCCAGCAGCUCCUAGCCUGGCCUGUCAGUUUCAGUCUGAGCGCCGUGGAUCUGUCAUCUGAGUUGGACGACAGCUCCCACUCCCUCGACAUGAAGCAUUUGUCCACAUUAGACUACGCUUCCAUCUCUUCCUCCUCCUCAGUCCCUUCCUCCAUGUCUCCCUCGCUGGUAUCCUCCAUCUCUGUCGGUGUGGCCUAUGACCCCAGUCCGCCACAGUGUGAAGACCACCUGACCAACAUGGACUACACAAGCAUGCACAGCUACAGGGCAGAGCUAGACACACACAAUUCAAUCAAGCUGGAGCCAGAGUCACCACCACAGUACUCUGACAGUCCCGUGUUCUCCAAGCUUCAAGAUGAUACAUCAACGGCAUCAUCGCUAAACAUCGAGUGUCGUGUGUGUGGAGAUAAAGCCUCUGGGUUUCAUUAUGGUGUCCAUGCUUGUGAAGGCUGUAAGGGUUUCUUCAGACGCACAAUCAGGUUAAAGUUGGUGUAUGAUCACUGUGAUCUUCACUGUCGCAUUCACAAGAAGUCGCGGAACAAAUGCCAAUACUGUCGCUUUCAGAAGUGUCUCAAUGUUGGCAUGUCACACAACGCCAUUCGUUUUGGCCGAAUGCCUCAGGCGGAGAAGGAGAAACUGCUGGCUGAGUUCUCGUCUGACAUGGAGCACAUGCACCCGGAGGCAGCAGAUCUGAGGGCUCUGGCACGGCAUCUGUACGAAGCCUAUCUGAAAUACUUCCCCCUCACCAAGGCCAAGGCCAGGGCCAUCCUCUCUGGGAAGACCGGAGACAACGCGCCUUUUGUCAUCCAUGACAUGAAGUCUCUAAUGGAAGGGGAGCAGUUCAUUAAUUGCAGGCAGAUACCCAUCCAGGAGCACCAGCAGCACACCUCCGCCCUUACACAUGGACAUGCAGGGAUCACAGGUGCCCACCCAAGUUUGGAGUACGGCACUGUGGAAAUGACAGGUAUCAGCGGUCAGGGGCCAACAGAUGCUGUGGAGCUGCGUUUCUUUCAAAGCUGUCAGUCACGCUCCGCCGAAGCUGUGAGAGAAGUGACAGAGUUCGCCAAGAGCAUUCCCGGAUUCGUCAAUCUGGAUCUCAAUGAUCAGGUAACUUUGCUGAAGUAUGGCGUGAUCGAGGUCUUAAUCAUCAUGAUGUCGCCUCUGAUGAACAAAGACGGGACCCUGAUCUCCUACGGACAGAUCUUCAUGACGCGGGAGUUCCUCAAGAGUCUCAGGAAACCCUUCUGCCAAAUGAUGGAACCUAAGUUUGAAUUCUCCGUCAAGUUCAACACUCUGGAGCUGGACGACAGCGACAUGGCGCUGUUUCUGGCUGUUAUUAUCCUCAGUGGGGACCGUCCAGGCCUUCUGAACGUGAAGCCCAUUGAGCAGCUUCAGGAGACAGUGCUCCAUUCGUUGGAGCUGCAGCUGAAGCUCAAUCACCCAGACUCUCUGCAACUGUUUGCCAAGCUGCUCCAGAAAAUGACCGACCUGCGACAGAUCGUCACCGACCACGUCCACCUCAUCCAGCUGCUGAAGAAAACUGAGGUGGACAUGUGCUUACACCCACUGCUGCAGGAGAUCAUCAAAGACUUGUAUUAGAAUGUGCUGGGAGAGAUAAAAGGACAAGUAGAGAAAAACGGGAAGAAAAAAGAAAGAGACUUUAUUUUCAGAAUCAUGAGUUGUGAAAUGAAAAGAUGAAGCCCUUGUGCACUGGUGUGUUGUAAAAAGGGAGGUGGCCAGACAGACUGACUGACAGAAAUUGAGAAAGAGAUGGGGAAGAACAGGAAAAGAGAAAUCAAGGAAAGAAAGACACAAUCUGUUAGAUCUUGUCUAGACAGCAGCAUGUGAAUAACUUGUGGUGCACAGUCAUUUAGCCACUGCUGAGCCUGGACAUUUUGUUAUGAGUAGGCUGCCAACUAAAAUAUGAAACUAUCCCAUUUUGCACCAAUCAGGACAAGCGUCUUAAACUGAAAAGCUGGGGACUUUUCUGAUUGGCAAGCGAAAAAAUUGUGAAUGCUCAGCUCGUUCUGUUUCACACUGUGAAUAUUUUACACCACGUGUCACACAGUACAGUAUGUGUUGUUCAUGUGCAGCUUAUCUACAUGUUGCGUUACAACCGUCAUAGGCAGCAGAGUUUAUGUGCUUCAAUACCUCUGAACACGCACAAAUGCAUGAACGCUCUCUCUCACACACACACACACACACACACGCACACACACACACACGCACGCCCACACAAACAUACACACAAAAACAUGCACAGUCAUUUUCUGUUUUGGCAUCAGGGUGACGGUGCUAUCUCUUUUAAAUCAGCUUCAUCCAAAGACAGAAAUCAGAUUAUCUCCUGUAACAUAUUUUAGCUUUUAACAAACUGUGAGAAAGUGUUAAGCCAAGAAGAAGCACAUUCCCAUGAAUUAUCAUGUUAGCUCUGUGUUGAAAAAUGGAACCGUAUAUGCCAUAUUGUGCCUAAGAUUUGCCGUUUAAAAACAUUAUAUGUAUUAUAAAUAUAUAUAUAAUGUAUAAUAUGUGUUCAUUCAGCAGGUGUUAUUUCAAAUCCUGAAAAAAGGUUGAGUUAUAAUUUUUGCUAUGAAAUUAUUUUGUAUGUAUGCAAAGUGUCUAUUGUGUCUGAUCAAUCAGAUGUAUUUUUUU